AUGGACGCCUCUUCCCUCUUCAACGUCAAGGACAAGGUUGUCCUCGUCACCGGCGGUGGUCGCGGUGUCGGCGAGAUGAUCGCCGAGACCUACGUCGCCAACGGUGCUAAGGUCUACAUCUCCUCGCGCGAUGCCAAGGCAUGCGAAGCCACUGCAGCUGAGCUCACUGCCCGCGGGCCGGGCAAGUGUAUCGCCAUCGCUGGCGACUUGAGCAAGUAUGACGAGUGCCAGCGCCUGGCCAAGGAGAUCGGCAACCGUGAGGAGGUCCUCAACGUUCUCGUCAACAACUCGGGCGCGACCUGGGGUGCUCCCCUCGCCGAGUACCCGGACGCGGCCUUCACCAAGCUGUUCACCCUCAACGUUCAGCGCGUGUUUACGCUCACGCAGGCGCUGCUGCCCAUGAUUAAGAAGGGCGCCGACCGUGACGGUGUCGGGCGUGUUAUCAACAUCGGCUCGGUGAACGGCCUCACUGUUCCUGCCAUGGAGACUUAUGCUUACUCGUCAUCCAAGGCGGCACUCCACCAGCUCACCCGCCACCUCGCGAUGCAGGUCCCCGGCAACGUGACCGUCAACGCCCUCGCCCUCGGCCCCUUCCGGUCCAAGAUGAUGAAGGCGACACUCGACGCCGCCGAGCAGCAUAUCGCUGGCGUUCUCCCCUCCCAGCGAAUCGGCACCCCCGAGGACGUCGGUGCCGCCUGCCUAUGGCUCUCGGGUCGUGGGGGCGAGUGGGUCACUGGUACCAUCGUCCCCAUCGACGGUGGAUCCGUUGCCACCCCUUCGCGUCUCUAG